UCGAUCACAGUAGGAAUGGAAGCACGGAAGGAAAUUAGGGCCAAGACCCUUCAAUUGGAGAAGAUGAAACUUAGAAUAAUUCAUGAAGUUGAAGCUACAGAACAAGAAGACAAGUGUUUAUCCGAAUAUAAACAGGAGAUGGAUUUGUUAAUGCAAGAGAAGAUGGCCCAUGUUGAAGAACUGAGGCAAAUCCAUGCAGAUAUAAAUGCUAUGGGGAAUGUCAUAAAGCAGGCAGAAGAAUCUCGUAACAGAGCACUCAAUACAGCCAAACGUAUACAUGAAGAGUACAGGCCACUCAAAUUGGACAUUGAUGAUAUGAGGUGUGAGUUCAAAACCUGCCUCCAUCUGCAUUUAGUGUCAUAAUCUCGAUGACAGAUGUCACGAAAGGCCAAUUGCCAAACCACGUGAUCAUAUCGACCAAUCGAAAUUGCUGUAAGCUUUGCAAAAUCUGGGUCAAUGCCAACACAGUUCGCGUCAAACAGCAAAAGUAUGAUG